AUGCGUCUCCCAAUCUUGGUACUGCUGCUGCGAAGUGCCCAGCCCCAGUUCCACGCGCAAACCAGCAUCUUCGUCGACGACCGGGAAGUAUUGAUCACGGCCAACCUCCUUCACGAAGACCCGCUGAACGUGGGAAAACAAGCCUGCGACGAGCUCCACAUCGGGGAGCCGCAGGGCGAGCUGCGGGACGGGCGGCCGCGGUGCGCGACGCUCAUCGCCGAUGAAUUGGCGGAGUCCAUCUUCUGCAACGUCAGCGCGCGCGGCGCGUUGGAAGAGGCGAUGCGCGAGAAGGGACUGGAGGGGCCGCGCGGCGCCUUCCGGUUCUACCACGGGACGAAUUAUUUUGAUAGUGAGGAGUACGAGUUGUUGAGACAGCUCUUCCUGCGGCUGGGCUACGUCGAGUGCCUUUCAGGAGAAAGGAUGGGCGGCGCCGAGGACGCGAUCUGGUUGCUGGGCCACUUCGACGAGCAUGCCCUAUUCUACGCCAACUUGGCCAAGCACACGGUGGCGAACGCGCUGCCGAACCCGCAGCUCCUGGGCACCAAGGACAAUUUGUACCGGCUCCUCGAUCGGUUGAGGGACGCCGUCGGCGACCGAGCUACCAAGUUCCUACCCAGAACGUGGCUGCCCGACGACAUCGCGCGGGAGCGAGCACUAUCCAAAAGCGACCGGCUCGGCGGUUUGUGGUUGAGGAAGGACCCGGGCCAGGAGCUCGGGGCCGGCAUCAAGCUCAUCACGCGCUGGUCGGAGCUCGAGGGCUGCGCGAACUGCAUCCUGCAGCGGUACGUGGACCGGCCCUUUCUGUUAAAUGACGCGGCGGCGGGCGUCGUCGACGCCAAGUUUUCGUUUGGCGUGUAUAUUUCCGUAUCAUCAUUAGCUCCACUCGAGGUCUGGAUCCACCGUGAGAUGCUCGUGCUCCUCGCGACGUACCCCUACUCGGGCUACGGGGAUUCCGAGACGGACCACGGGGAAGACGGCGACCUCUUGGCGCAUCUGACGAACGGGCUCGUGAAUCAGAGAUUAGCGGGCGAUGCCUUCGACGCGGCCGAGCGCGUCUGGACCACGGAUAGGCUGUUGAAACAUUUCGAGCAGGCCGGCGUGGCCUGGAGCGACGUCGAAGAUCAAAUCCGCGAGGCGGCGACGAUGGUCUUCCUGGCCUCGCGGGAGCCGCUGUUAGAGUCGCGGUCGAAGGCCCGGACGGAGGGGCACCUGUUCUGCCACUGGCGCUUAGAUUUCUUAUUAGAUGCGGACGCGCGGGCCUGGCUGCUGGAGGUGGAGAUCGUGCCAUCGACGGGCACGAUCGGAGGUGUGGAUGAAGUGAUCAAGACCUCGGUACUCCGAGACGUGCUCGCCCUGAACGGCGUGGGCGGCCCGCCCUCGCAGCUCGAGGCCGAGUACCCCUGGUUGAAUGGGGAGACGUGGACCGAUCUCGCGAGUCCGGCGGAGCCGCCGAACACGCUCACGCCGACGCCGGACGCGCCGCUCGCAUUGUUCGGCGACGACGCCGAGAGGAUGGCCGCGCAGGAGGCCUGGAACUUGCUAGAAGAGCGGGGCGACGCGCUGCGCUUCGACGCGCCGUCGAUGGAAACCAUUGGCAGGUACGAGGCGCGGAGCCGGCGCCGCGGCGGCUACCGGCCCCUGAUCCCCGUGCCGCGCGGCGUCGAGGGCUUCGACGGGAAGAUGCGGGCGCCCGCGCCCCGCGACGACGACCUGGCCGAGCUGUUCCUGGCCAGGGGCGCAAUCGCUGCUGACUUUGCGCUCGACCGCUGGGUGAGCGGUACAAGACUAUCAUCGGCGAAGGACGCCGAACCGUUCGUGUCGUACGAAACGCUGGACGCCGCCGCGACGGCGUGCCGGGCCUGCGACCGCACCUUCUGCGCGACGGUCGCGGCGCGGCACCCGGACGUCGGCGUCGACGGCGCCUGCCGCGCGGCCACGGCGUCCUGCGCCCACGCGCCCGGCGGGCUGGUGGAUGGUGUUCCGGUGGAUGCGUGUGACUUCCACCUCAACGACACGUCGUUGGCGCGCAUAGCCCUCGGCGCGCGGGCGCCGGUCGCGUCGCAAGUGUCAAAAGCACUCGAGACCUGGUGCGACCGGACGCUGCGGCGCGCGCCCUACGACGCGGACAGCGCUUCGGUCCAGGUCCGACGCUUGUGCCGCGGCACGUCGCGGCCCAGAGCUUCCAUCGCGGAAGCGAAAGACAUCGGCGAGGCCCUGCUCUCGAAGAAGCCGGCCGUCUUGAGGAAUGUUGUAAAGCCGUUUGCGGAGGACCUGUCGCGGGGCCCCGACGACGACGCGACCAGGGUCGUGGCGAUGGCCUACGACCGCGCCCGGAACGCGGCCCAGCAGAUCUACUCCGCGCCCAUGACGUAUGGCGACUUCUUGGCUUGGUCCGCGAAGCCGGAGCUGCUCGACGAGGCGACGCUGCCCUACGGGAACACGACCGCGCUGUACCUGUUGGUGACGGACCGGCACCGGUUCCAGCCCGAGGCGAGCGGCACGCUCGCGGACCCGAACGGGGCGGCGAUGCGCGACGGGCCCCUGCCGCGGCUGUUGGAGGAGGCGGACCGGGCCUCGCGCGCCGUGCUCGAGGGCGCGCUUGGUGAGAGCGGCUUCGACCUCGCGUGGACGUCGCUGCGACUGGGCUCGGCCUACGCGUAUCCCACGCACGUCGACUGCUACGAGAACGUGAUCUUCCAGCUGCGCGGGCGCAAGAACGUGACGGUGUAUCCUCCGGCGACUGUCUGGGAUUUGCAGCCGGAUAUUAACCACAAGCACUGGCCGACGGGGUCGCCGCAGGAGAUGGCGCGCGCUGCCCGCGACGCGGCCACCGUCGAACUGCAGCCGGGCGACGCCCUGUACGUGCCGCUCAUGUGGCCCCACUCCGUCCAGAGCGUCGACGCGUCGGUGACGUCGAACAAGUACCUCUACCUCGCGGAGGGCUGGCGCGGAUACAUCGACCGGGCGAAGACGGCGCCGUGGGUGGUGUACGAGAUGGAGCGGGGGGGGCUUUGCUAACUUGUCUAGUUGUG